GCCGGACGGCGCCGUGUGUCGGAGGAGACAGCUUCGUUACAUAAAUGAUCUGACAGGAUUUGGCAGCGUCUGACCCGCGAUGACACAUUUGUUAAAUUUAGACAGGAAGUCAUUGAGUGAGCGGAGCGUCUGUGGUCUAGGCCGACGCGCUGUAGAACCACGGCCACAACGGCACCACAGUGAUUCUGAUGCGGAGGAUGAGCGCAGCCUUAACCUGACACUGGGCAGGCUUUCACAAACGGGAUCUUUCACGUUCUGGAUUAUGGGUAUUGAACCCAUGCUCUGAAACCCAUCCUUGUUCCCACAUGCAAUUAGACGGUGGAAGGGAACAUGCAGCCGGCCCGAGAUUAGAGCGGCUGAAAUGUGCUUGGUGCUGCAUAUUUGGCCGCGGCGAGAACAAAAUCAGCAAAUCAUUCCUCCGCUGGAUGGAGGAGGCAGCAUUCCUGAACAGCGUGACCUCUGGGACGCCAGCACACGGUGUGACCACAGAACCAGCGGCGCUUCACAAACCGGGAGGUGUCAGUUUGGGAGGGCGCCGCCAAUGAAUUGAACCAAUCGUUAUGGUGGUGGAUGUGAUGCUAAUACUGAGUGGAGCUCCAUCAUCAUAUGAGGAUUUUAUCAGCACAACAUAACAAAUUCUCGCCUCCAUACUGUACCACUAAUGGCUCUCUCCUCUGCGCCGUUUGUAGCCCAUGGGAUCAGAGCGGAUGGAGAUGCGAAAGAGGCAGAUGUCGGUGCAGCAGGAGUCGGCAGCGGGGGGAGCUGCACCGGCCCAGCAGGGCCAGCCGGGCCAGGCCAACCCGCGGGGCUCCAACGCGUGCUGCUUCUGCUGGUGCUGCUGCUGUAGCUGCUCCUGGAAUGAAGACCGGGAUGAGAGGAACCGGAAGGCGUCCUAUGAUGUCAAGGAAGGGACCGCAGACUGUGAGGACUGUCCAAAGCCCACGCUGGAGGACGUGCGCUCGUGGGGGCAGUCGUUCGACAAGCUGAUGUGCUGCCCGGCGGGCAGGAACUCCUUCCGGCAGUUCCUCCGCACCGAGUUCAGCGAGGAGAACAUGCUCUUCUGGCUCGCCUGCGAGGAGUUCACCAAGGAGGCCAAUAAGAGCGCCAUCGAGGAGAAGGCGCGCGUCAUCUACGAGGACUACAUCUCCAUCCUCUCACCCAAAGAGGUGAGCCUCGACUCCCGCGUGCGUGAAGCCAUCAACAGGAACAUGUUGGAACCCACUUCGCACACGUUCGACGACGCCCAGCUGCAGAUCUACACACUGAUGCAAAGAGACUCGUAUCCGCGCUACAUGAACUCCCCAGCCUACAAAAACCUGCUCAACACUCUGUCAGAGCAGUCCCCUGAGUCUUAGGGUGGUGAUGACCUGUGAUCUUCUCUCCCUCCGCUCCAUCUUUACCCCUUUUUAAAGGUUUUCUUUGUAUGUGCAGUGUAGGAUUACACGAACCGGGCCUGGGGCCCGGCCCCUCCCAGGGAACUCAGCGCUAUUGUGAUCUGCACCUGACCGAAGACACUCAGGUCUCAAAAUCUCCCGAGGGCUCGACAUCACAAGUACUGCUACAGAUCAACACAGCAAAACACUCCAAAGGAAUACGGAUACAUUUACUUUGACUUCUUUUUCUUUUGAUAGAAAUAAUCUAUUUUAUUUGUGUUCAGAGUUUUUUAUGGUCUGUUGUUAUUUUGUAUGAUUGUGUGUGGGGGGGGUGAUUCCUACCGUAGACUAUAUAUUUAUGAGUUUGUAAAUAGUAGAAAUGGAAUUGUGGGUAUUUUAUGUGGAAAUGCCUGGUUCUACUUACUGCGUAUGAAAAUCAAAGCUCAAGUCAAAGGCUACGCGUUAGCUCUACUUGCAGGCAGCUUUGUGGGGUACUGUAUGCGUUUACCUUGCUUUCACCUGGUUUAUUACCUAACCUCACACGUUACCUGUGACAGUGACUUGGCAACUCCAGUUCAGAAACGACCUUAAAUGUGGUUGCUGGCGAAGUAACAACAGCUCAGCGAUGGAAGUCUACAGGCUUUGCUCCAUCUGAACCACAGACGUUUGCCUAUUUAAGACUGAUGUUUGUUUUUGUAUGUGUUGUUCACUAGACAUCUCAUAGGUUUAACAUAGUUUUACCAGUGUCACAAAAGAAUAAUUCUAUUUAUCAGAUUAAAUAUUUUUUCUAAUUUAUUCAUAUUUAUUGCCAGUGCAGGAAAAUACAAAUUAUAAUAAAUUACAGCCCUCUAACAAGGUCAACUUUAAAGUUAUGUAUAGAAAUAUUUUAUAUAAUACUUUAUGGGUUCUUAUUUUCCAGACCGCUUUUUAGGAAGUUACUGGAAAGAAGUGUGUACUCUGGUAUUGAGUAAAGGGUCACGUCCAAAGAAUCGACCCAAGUAAAACAGAAAAGAGAUUUCGCGAUAGGCUCAUUUGCUCAUUUGACGUUAGCGGAGAGGAGCGACACCGCUCACCUGUGCUCACAGCUUGUUCUGAUGCUGAGCUGAGCGACGGUGAGCUGUACUGUAGCACGAGCCGUCUCCAGAAGGCCAAUUUCCCAAAUGCAGUAAAAUGCUGUCGACACAUUGGGCGAAGAUGCUUUGACGCAACGAAGGAGACACAGAUUAAGCUGAAAGUCUUUUUCAAUGAAGGAAUGAGUGCGCAGCUCUACCUGUGGGCCACAUUGUCACGUCCAGGCUGAACGGCUGAAGGAACGCGCUCAGAUACUCUAAACUGAACCUGUGAAUGAUCUUGGAAGGUUUGGAUGCGUGGCCCGUUUGCAGCGAGUGCUGAGCUCAGGCAGCGUCACCAAAGCUACAGCUCAAACUGUGUUUCAUUUACCAACAGUGUUUCCAUCCACUACAAUUGGAGUUGCCAAGUGUUAAAGACUUUAAUGUAUUCAAAUAGUUUUAGUUCAAUUACUUUGUUGCCUCACUUACAUGUCACUCAAAGACAAGAUCCUCACAUGGGGAAGUGCCUUGACAUUCAAUUUUACGACAUCUUUCUCAUGGGCAGUGGUUGUUUUCACACUCUUGCCAUUCGUGCAGUCACUGGAGCAUGAAGCCAGUUUACUGGAAAUUCCCUUUCAUUGGCCAAACUACUGCAUGUGUUUUGUCGUGACUACAUGGGUCCCGUCUGUAACGUGGAGGUUGAUGACGACACACGUCUUCUCGCGGAGGACAAAGAUCAGAGGAUAGGGCUGGUUGAUCUGAACUUCUUGCCAACCUGUGUGCUUCACGGUGGCACUUGUACUUGUCUUAGAGUUAACUUUAACUUACUAUGUGCAAUUUGAGUUGAUGGAUACAAGGCGCAGAUCAACCUCAAUACACAAUCUAAGCCAAUGGUUUGGAGUGAUGCCUAUAAAUGUUGUUUCUUCUUCUGUUUACUAUAUACAAUGUGUUAUUUUGCGCUGAGUUUACUGAAGAAUACAUUUUUAAAAAAACUAAUGUGAAUGUUUACAGUAUAUGGUUCAGUUUUUUUCUGCUACUCUCCAAGAAAAUAAUGACUUGUGGGCAUUUUGGUUAAGAUAAAAUAAAGCACAAUAAUUUUA